CUCGUACAUCACCAAAAACACCAUCCGCCGCUCUUCCACCCCGCAAUCGAUAACUUCCUCAUAGCAUCCGCCAUGCUUUCCGGUAUAUUGAUUUUCAAUCAGAAAGGGGAGAAUCUCAUCUUCCGCGCUUUCCGUAAUGACUGCCGCCCGCGGCUCGCCGACGUUUUCCGCAUUCAAGUCAUCUCCAACGCUCAAGUUCGCUCUCCUAUUCUCACCCUAGGAUCUACGACUUUCAGCCAUGUAAAACACGAGAACAUAUAUUUGGUGGCCGUAACGAAGAGCAACGCAAAUGCGGCAUUGGUGUUUGAGUUCCUAUAUCGGCUGGUGGGACUGGGAAAGGCAUACUUUGGGAAAUUCGAUGAGGAAGCCGUCAAGAAUAACUUUGUGCUUGUAUAUGAACUUUUGGAUGAGAUACUGGAUUUCGGAUACCCGCAGAACACUGAAACCGACACCCUGAAGAUGUAUAUUACUACGGAAGGAGUGAAAUCAGAACGGGCAAUGGAGGACUCUUCCAAAAUCACCAUGCAGGCGACAGGUGCUCUUUCCUGGCGGCGCGCCGAUAUCAAAUACCGAAAGAAUGAGGCUUUCGUCGACGUUAUUGAGGAUGUGAAUCUUUUGAUGUCUGCCACCGGGACUGUCCUUAGAGCCGAUGUGAAUGGUCAGAUCGUCAUGCGAGCUUAUCUCUCUGGCACCCCCGAGUGCAAAUUCGGCCUCAACGAUCGGUUGACGCUUGGAGAGGACAAUCUUCAACAACCCAGCGGGAACAGGGCCGGCGCAAAAGCAACACGAGCAGCAGCAGGAAGUGUGACAUUAGAAGACUGCCAAUUUCACCAGUGUGUAAAGCUCGGGAAAUUCGACACUGAUAGGAUCAUCUCUUUCAUCCCGCCCGACGGAGAAUUCGAAUUGAUGAGAUACCGUGCCACAGAGAACGUCAAUUUGCCGUUCAAGGUACACGCAAUUGUCAACGAGAUAGGGAAGACAAAGGUCGAGUACAGCAUCGCCAUUCGUGCAAAUUACGGCUCAAAACUCUUCGCUACCAACGUGGUCGUUCGAAUCCCCACACCUCUAAACACCGCACGUAUCACUGAGCGUACGAGCCAAGGCAAGGCAAAGUAUGAACCAGAGCACAACAACAUCGUGUGGAAGAUUCCCCGUUUCACCGGACAGAGUGAGUUUGUCCUCAGCGCUGAGGCUAGUCUGACCAGUAUGACAAACCAAAAGGCAUGGAGUAGACCGCCGCUGAGCCUAAACUUUUCCCUUCUUAUGUUCACAAGUUCCGGUUUGCUCGUCCGUUAUUUAAAGGUUUUCGAGAAGAGCAACUACAGUAGCGUAAAAUGGGUACGAUACAUGACAAGAGCAGGCAAUUAUGAGAUUAGAUUUUGAAGUGGAUUGUGCGCAAUGAUAGUCAACAUCAUGGCAGAGCAUUGCAGGCCUUUUGAAAUUGCA